AUGGGGGCACCUAAGCAGAAGUGGACUCCAGAAGAGGAAGCAGCUCUAAAAGCUGGAGUCCUUAAACACGGGCCCGGCAAAUGGCGCACGAUACUUAAGGAUCCACAAUUUAGUGGAGUUUUAUACCUACGGUCGAAUGUCGAUCUGAAGGACAAGUGGAGGAACAUGAGUGUGAUGUCGAACGGGUGGGGUUCAAGGGAAAGGAGUAGGCUGGCACUGAAAAGGAUUCACCCAACACCCAAACGUGGAGAGAGCUCUAUGCCUCUCUCGUCCGUAAGUCAAAGUGAUGAUGAUUUAGUUGAUUCGAGGACUCAUGCGACUUCAGGAGGUUCUUCCCAAAACGAUGCCCCAAAGAGAUCUAUCAUGAGGUUGGAUAAUCUUAUAAUGGAGGCUAUAAGAAACUUGAGACAGCCUGGUGGUUCUAACAAGACAUCCAUAGCUGCGUACAUAGAGGAACUAUAUUGGGCACCUCCGAACUUUAAGAGGAUAUUGUCUGCCAAACUAAGACACUUUGCUGCCAACGGAAAACUAAUUAAGUUGAAACGAAAGUACAGAAUAGCUGAACCUUCGUCUCUACCUGAGAGACGAAAGGCGGCUUCAGUUCCCAUGGAAGGUAGAUUGAGGAAUUCCCAGAGGAUUGACUUAGAAGAUGUUAGUCAACUCUCGAAAUCGCAGAUCGAUUUGGAGCUGACCAAGAUGAGAAACAUGACCCCACAAGAGGCUGCUGUUGCUGCGGCUCAAGCCGUGGCUGAAGCGGAGGCUGCCAUGGCGGAAGCUGAAGAGGCGGCUCGGGAAGCUGAGGCGGCUGAGGCUGAUGCCGAGGCUGCACAGGCUUUUGCAGAGGCCGCUUUAAAGACACUGAGAGGAAGAAAUAGUUCGAUUACGGUAAGAGCUAUGGAUCCAAAUUUUUCCGGCAACGAGUGGUUGGUCGCCCGUGUUCAGCAACUGGAGAGCGAACGUAAUGAGCUGCACAAAGAUAUCGAGCAGUUGUGCAUGCAACAAGCGGGCCCGGCCUAUCUUGGAGUGGCCACCCGAAUGCAUUUCCAGAGGAUUGCUGCAUUGGAGCAGGAUAUUGAGAGCUUGAAUAAAAAGUUGGCUGCAUGCACUAGAGAGAACCAAAAUCUUCAAGAGGAGCUAUCCGAGGCUUAUGUUAUUAAAAAUGCUGAGGCUGAGAAGCAGCUUAAAUUUUUCCAAGGUUGUGUUGCCGCUGCUUUUGCCGAGCGAGAUAAUGCAAUACUUGAGGCUGAAAAGGCUAAAGAAAAAGUGGAGCUCAUGCCACAAGAGCUGAACAAAUGUCAAAGAAGGGUGGAAGAGCUGAGCAUUGAACUUCUUGAAGAGAAGGAACUGACCACGUCUCUCCGUAUUGAUUUAGAAAAGCAUGAAAGGCAGAUUGGGAUAUUCAAAGAGGUUAUUGACAAGUUUUACCACAUCAGAGAAUGUACUAUGGAAGAUACUACUGAUGCAAGUUGGGAAGAGAAAUGUGAACUUUUGUUGCAUGAUUCGGACGAGAUGUGGAGGUUCCAAAAUGAUGAGGAUGCUUCCACUUCCAAUUACAUUAAUUCUCUUGAGGCAGAGAUCGAGACUCUGAGGAGACGUAUCGAUAAUUUGCAAAACAAGCUUCAAGUUGGGCUGGAAAUCGAAACUCAUCUGAAGAAGAAAGUUCGUAAGCUAGAGAAAAUGGAGAAACUCGGAGCAGAGAAUAUCAAAGAGCAGCUAUCUGCCUUAAAGCAUCACCAUUCUCAAUACAAAAACGAUAUCAAUGAUCUACUCGACGGGGGUUACUCGGAGCUGAAAUCACUUCAUGAAUUAGUUGUUGAGAAAAUGAGCCACUUUGUACUGAGUCAGGAACAAAGCAAUUUAGAGGCAUCUUUAACACAAGACGAGGAAUUGCAUGAAAGCGAAUGCAAAGAUGUGCAUGUUAAUGCUGAUUCCAGUUCUGGUUUGACCACUAAGAAUAAUGAACAUGGCUUACCGACUAUGGCUGCUCGUGAAACUAGCGAUACAUCUGAAGCACUUGCGCUGGCAUUGCAGGAGAAGGUCGAGGCGUUAUUACUUUUAUCUCAGCAAGAAGAAAGACACCUACUUGAGAGGAAUGUAAAUGCAGCUUUGCAGAAAAAGGUCGAGGAACUUCAGAGAAAUUUACUGCAGGUUACGAACGAAAAGGUGAAAGCUCUUAUGGAGCUAGCGCAACUGAGGCAGGACCAAUAUUCACUUCACGAAAAGAGCAGUCAAGAAAGUGUACAAGGAAAGCCAGCGAGUGAAAUUUUCGGAGGAGAGAUAAAAGCUGGUCAGGAAAAAGACAGUAAACUGAAAAAUUUACUAAGGAAAAGUUAUUUAACACGAUGGGUCGGAGGUUCAGAAGGAAGUGGUGCUGAUACGCAUCACAUGGACUUUGCAAGGAUGAAGAUUGAAAAUGCGACCCUUAAGGAGAGCUUGGAAAGCAUGGAUCAUCUACUCUCUUCCGUACGAAGACUCCGGAUUUCACUUUUCAAGGUAAAAGAUUCAUCUAAUAUGUCGUCAACUGAAAACACGAGCUACUUGUCUACCACCAUCGACCAAAUCAUAGUUGAGGCGGACCUCGUAAGAACGGCCCUCGGCAGCUCGAUUCCCAUAAGCUGGUCAGCCGAGGCUGACCAAUCGCACGAUGGCUCGGGUUUCGAGAAGCUGGAUUUUGUCUCGGCUGUUGGAUUCGAGAUGGUGGAGCUCUUGAUAUUUGCUGCUCAGGUCCUUAGGGACCAAAUUCCCUUGGGCACCAAGGGGUCGAAAUUGGAAUAA